UCGCUGGAAACAUACAUAUUUUUGGUACGCGCUCGAUUGGCUUUGUCAGUUGUUGUUGUCGUUGCUGGAGGGGAUCUACUCCGCCCCAAGCUGCCCCCUUCAUGGAGUUAAACCUUAUCUGACAACAAAUAAUACUCACGUCGCCACACAAACAAAACAUACAACUACAAGCCGCGAAAAAUGCCCAAACCAGUUUACUUUUGGCCACUUGAUUUUAACCGGGACUAGGUCUGGGUCUCGAGUAUUAUGCGAUCGGUCAUCUGGCCAGAUCUCGCUUUUAAUCGGUCUUAAAAUGAAAGAUUUAUGCUCUUAUCUUGUGCAUUUUCGAUGUAAAACAUUUAAAGUAGCUUGAAAGUCAAGAUCAGGGUGAAGUUAUAAAUGAAGUAUAGAAUGCCACCAAGAUCAAGGCUGAAACUUUUGGCUAAUGGGGUAAUUAUAAUUUAAAAUCUUCUAGAGGAAUUAUGGAGCAGAGUUACUCACUCAGUCUGAAUUUUUUAGCUGACUAAUGGAGUGCAAACAAAGUUGAUAUAUAUAGUUUCAAAAAAUAUCAGUUUAAGUCCUACUAAGUCUACCAAAUUUUUGUUACAAUACUUCCCCGAGCCAACUGUCAGUUAAAUACGAAAAAAACAUCAAACAAACAGAACCAACCAAGCGCAAAGGGUCAAAAGAGCUGAGCAAAGAUUUGCGUAACAUGAUGACAGGCACCGACAGUGAUCCGUUGGUGGAGGAUGGCGGCCUGUUGCCCACCCAGCACCGACUGGCCCUCUGGCACAAGGUAACGAUCGCCAUAGACUCAUCGGAGGACCUGAAACCCCCGAAGCAGACCAAUUGGCGACGAGUUCUUCAAUGGAUCCUGGCACCCGCCCUCACAGCAGCCACCGCCUUGGUGUUCUACUACCAGAGCCCUUGGUACGGGUUGGCCUCCAUCUAUGUCAGCCUGCUGGCCACUCUUCUGGUGCGGCCAGGAUGGCGGUGGUUCUACAUUGCGGCCGUAACCACUCCGCGGGAUACAAUGGCCCUUAUUUCCUAUAUUCGAGUCCUGGUGUUCGUGAAGCGGCAGGAGAGGAAGAACGUGAACAUCGGAGACAUCUUCGAGGCCAAUGUGGCCCGGCAGCCGGACAAGCUGGCCAUCGUCAGUGAGUCCCAGCAGUGGACCUUCCGGCAGGUGAAUGAGCACGCCAACCGAGUCGCGAAUGUGUUCCACAGCCACGGCUACAAGAAGGGGGAUGUGGUGGGUCUGCUGAUGGAGAACCGCGCCGAAUUCGUGGCCACCUGGCUGGGUCUCUCCAAGAUCGGCGUGAUCACUCCGCUGAUAAACACAAAUCUCCGCGGGGCAUCGCUGCAGCACAGCAUCACGGUGGGUCAGUGCACAGCUCUGAUUUAUGGAGCCAACUUCAGGUCAGCGGUGAUGGACAUUGCCAAGGACCUGCCGGCCCACGUCGGCUUGUAUCAAUUCAACGACGAGGCCACCCAGGACAUGGUGGCUUCCGAGGGCCUCAGCCAGGGACUGGCCCAGCAGCUGAAUGGUCUCCUGGACACGGCUGCCAAGGACAAGGUGGCAGCUGGAGCUUCUCGAGCGGAUCACCAGGACAAGCUGGUGUACAUCUACACCUCGGGAACCACGGGAUUGCCCAAGGCAGCCGUCAUUACCCACGCACGUUUCUUCUUCAUUGCUGCUGGAAUCCACUACGCUCUGCGAUUUAAGGAUGAGGAUGUCUUCUAUACUCCCUUGCCUCUGUACCACACUGCUGGCGGAGUGAUGAGCAUGGGUCAGGCCUUACUCUUUGGCUCCACGGUGGUGAUCCGCAAAAAGUUCAGUGCCUCCGGAUACUUUGCAGACUGCGCUCGCUUCCAGUGCACGAUUUCCCAGUACAUUGGCGAGAUGGCCCGCUAUAUCCUGGCCACUCCGGCUGCUCCCCACGAUAGGAAGCAUCAGGUGCGAAUGGUAUUCGGGAAUGGACUGCGUCCCCAGAUAUGGCCACAGUUCGUGGAACGCUUCGGCAUCGCUAAGGUGGGCGAGUUCUACGGCGCCACCGAGGGCAACGCCAACAUCAUGAACAAUGAUAGCACCGUGGGUGCCAUCGGCUUCAUAUCUCGGAUCCUGCCGCAGAUUUAUCCCAUAUCAAUCAUCAAGGCAGAUCCCCACACUGGCGAACCGCUGAGAAAUAAAAAGGGACUCUGCGAGCGGUGCGGCGUCAACGAGCCCGGAGUCUUCAUCGGGAAAAUUGUGAAGGGCAACCCCUGCCGAGAGUUCCUGGGCUAUGUCGACCAGAAGGCGUCCACCAAAAAGGUGGUGCGCGAUGUCUUCUCGAAAGGCGACAUGGCCUUUAUCUCGGGUGAUCUGCUGAUAGCUGACGAGAGGGGCUACCUCUUCUUCCGGGAUCGUACCGGAGACACCUUCCGAUGGAAGGGCGAGAACGUGUCCACCAGUGAAGUGGAGGCGCAGCUCAGUAACUUGGCGGGCUACAAAGACGUUAUCGUUUAUGGCGUCAGCAUUCCACACACCGAGGGAAGAGCCGGCAUGGCGGCCAUCUACGACCCCACUCGAGAGGUGGAAGUCAGCCAUCUGGCCGAGGAGCUGGCCAAGGCCCUGCCCAGCUAUGCGAGGCCACAGUUCCUGAGAUUCCUACGGAAGAUCGACCUUACCGGCACCUUCAAGCUCCGCAAGGUGGAACUUCAACAGCAGGGCUUCAACCCGGAGGUCAUCGAGGAUGAGCUCUUCUACGCUCAGCCGGAUGGAACGUAUCUACCGCUGACGUCCUCCAUUUACGAAAGAAUUCAGAGGAACGAGCUGCGAUUUUAGGCAGGAGGAGAAUGUGCCCACAUUAGGAAAUGGAUUUCGGUUUCAUCCAAUCCGAAUUUCAAGUAGAUUUACAUUCUGUAAUAUUGUUGCUAGAACAAUUAAUUGAUAAUUGUAUAAAAUAAAGACUAAGGAUAAUUUCUACGAA